AGAAGCGCACCCACAAACCUUAAGAACCAAACAAAUUCAGUAUUAAAGUGGGGACAUACGCAUUGUCCAGUUUCAUUGCUCUAAAGCUAGUUUUAGUGCGCCAUUACUCUUUGCCUUCUGUCUCUCUCUCUCUAGCUAAGCUGCUUUUCUGUACUGCGUUUCUCUUAAGUGGAAAGCUGACCUUCACUGUUUGGAACUCUACAUUUGUAUUUGUAUUUUUUUUUUUUAAAAAUAGUAAUAUAUAGUACUAGCUCAUGAAGAAGCUGUUGGUGUUGACUAUCUGGGUUUUGAAAACAUGGCCUUCUCUUCUUUCCUUUGCCACUUUCCAAUCUCAUUCAAGAUUGUUCACUCAGGGCAGUCUAUAACACCACGGCAUGAUGUAAGAACGGGUUUUUCUCUUAGAAGUAAUGGCUCUGAAUUUUGUGGCCAACUGGUUGCAAGAGUGGGAGUCAACAUGGACAGGGACUGGAGUUUUCUAGGAGGAUCAAAAGUUAUUUCUACACCAAAAUUUGCAAGAUGUGCUCUCUAUCAAAAAGGCUCUGGAGUGUAUGCUUCAUUGUUGUCAGGUUCUCAACUGGCUAGCAGUGUUUUUUCAUUGGGAACAGUAGCUGUUCUCCCAUUUUACACCCUCAUGGUUCUGGCUCCUAAUGCUGAACUGACUAAAAAAUCUGUGGAAAGUAGUAUACCAUACGUAGUGCUUGGACUUCUAUAUGCAUAUCUACUAUACCUCUCUUGGACGCCUGAAACACUCCGGAUGAUUUUUGCAAGUAAAUACUUGCUGCCUGAGCUGCCUGGCAUCGCAAAGAUGUUCUCAAGCGAGAUGACUUUAGCUUCUGCAUGGAUUCACUUGUUGGUUGUAGAUCUCUUUGCUGCAAGGUUUUUCAUGAUGGACUGGAAAACCAAAUUGAGACUCGGCAUUCAGUUUCUUUUUGCCUGCUUUUUUGUCCCAUUGGAAUCCUUACUCAUGUCAUCACCAAAGCACUGACCAGAAGGUCCAGAAAUGCCUGACACAGCAUGAUGAUGAUUUACUUUGCAGAAACAAUCAAACAAUGAAUUCAUUAGAAUUUGAAAAUUUUUCAAAACUCUGAUUGGAACAAAUGUUGUUUCAAAGAUCAUCAGAUAUUAAUAAAGGCUGAGUUUUCUUGUUUCCUUUCAUCAAAACUCUAAUUGGAACAGAUAUUGUUUCAAAGAUCAUCAGAAAUUAUUAAAGGCUGAGCUUUCUUGUUUC